CGCGAGUCACAUCUUCCGACAUCCACCUCCCUCGCCGUUGCAAAGCAUCACAACUUUGCUGCUUCUUUCUAGCUUUUGACUUUAUACUUUAGGGGCGAAACUUGAGCGCGAUAUCUUCUUCUGUCGAAGGUUAUUCACUCACUGACGGCAUUGAAUCUUGGACGACACUAUGCGGUACUAUGAACAAAAAUAUCCGGAGGUGGACGAGUUGGUGAUGGUGCAAGUGAGGCAGAUCGCAGAGAUGGGUGCCUAUGUCAAGCUGUUGGAGUAUGAUAACACGGAAGGCAUGAUCCUCCUCUCAGAAUUGUCGCGGAGACGUAUCCGUUCCGUUCAAAAGCUCAUUCGUGUGGGAAGGAAUGAAGUUGUCGUCGUCCUGAGGGUCGAUAAGGAAAAAGGCUCGUUACUUCCUGGAUUUGUAUUUUGCUCCUGUCUUAUCCUUUCUAUAGGUUACAUUGACUUGUCAAAACGUCGUGUAUCCUCAGAAGACAUCAUAAAGUGCGAAGAGAGGUAUAUGAAAUCAAAAACUGUCGCCUCGAUCCUGAGGCAUGUGGCGUCAAAAAUUUCAAGCGUUGACGGCGACGUGGAUGCUGAAGCUGUUGUGGACAAGGCUCCUGAGGAUGAGCCAAAGGUCAGUAAGCGAGGCAAAAGGGAGGGUGGCGUAGGGAUCGGUGGACCAGGAGAGGAAGAACGGCUGGAAAAGUUAUACGAGACUAUUGCUUGGCCCUUGGGGAAAGUAUUUGGCCAUCCCUACGAUGCAUUCAAGCUCGCUUUGACUGAGCCUGCAACACUUUCCAACGCGCUACCCAAACCGGUAUCGCAAAACACAUUGUCUGUUCUCAUGUCGACGAUUGCGCGACGACUAACGCCGCAACCGAUCAAAUUGCGAGCCGACAUUGAAUUGACGUGUUAUACCCCGCAGGGAAUCGAUGCUAUCAAGAAGGCGCUCAGGAUGGGUGAAAAAGAGAGUACAGAACAAGUGCCCAUCAAAGCCAAAUUGGUCGCGCCUCCCUUGUAUGUGCUGAGUACAAGUGCGGGCGACAAGUAUGCUGCUGUGGACAGGCUUGAGCGAGCAAUCGAUAGUAUUCAACACACCAUUGAGGAGCAAGGAGGCACUUUGGUCGUCAAAAUGAGGCCGAAAGCUGUCUCGGAGACUGAUGAGCAAGACUUGGCGCAACUCAUGGCCAAGGCUGGACAAGAGAAUGCAGAGGUCUCUGGUGAUGAAGAUGAAGAAGAAUGAAGAAAUGUAUACUGUGUUGCUACUGCUAUCAUUGCGAUCCAUUCUUACUGCGUGUAUCACCGGCCAGCCUGUGCCUGUGCUAAUCGCUCAUCCCACCACCUACUAUCAGUUUCCGUCCGAGUUUUCACUUUAGCGGUGCCAUCUCCCCUGUUCAGCCAUAUCCAUCUUCAGUGAUACAUAAGUCAGCAGGACUGAAAUGAAAUCUGAUUACACUUACUUGUAUCGUAAUGCAGUAGUGACCAUAGGACCAAACCUGGCACUAGGGUUAUGAUUCUCCUCGAACAACCAAAUGUCGUCCUUGUCUUGGCAGUUA